GGCUUAUUUCUGUAGUUUCAGCAAUUUCCAGCUACAGAGUGCACCGCCAAAUUUCCAGUCAUUUGUAAAUAGGCCAAUAGCAGCAACCGACUGAAACAAAAAUCACGAAAUGGGUAACCGGAGAUUUGCGCAGGUCUCCACCAGCGACGACGAAGACGAAGCGCCACCUCCACCCCCGAAAACUCGCUCGUCAACGAAGUCAGAAGGGAAUGAGAGGAAGAGGAAGAAGAUAAAGCUUCCGGAAGAAGAUGAAGAGGAGGUCGAAGAGAAAAUGAGAGGAGGGAAAGCGAAGAAGAAAGCGAGGGGUGAGAAAGCAGUGGAACCGGACUCAGAGGAGGAUGUCGAGGAGGAGGAAGAAGAGGCGCCGCAGGAGGAUGCGAAGCCCAUUGGUGAACCAGUUAAGUUUUCGGGAAAGGGAAGAGGACGGAGGAGUCAAUACGAGGCUUUUGAGUUCGAUGGAAAUCGAUAUGAUCUUGAGGAUCCUGUACUUUUAGUUCCCGAGGAUAAAAAGCAAAAACCUUAUGUGGCAAUUAUCAAGGAUAUUGCCCAGACCCAUAAUGGUAGCAUGAUGGUGACUGGUCAGUGGUUUUAUCGCCCUGAAGAGGCAGAAAGAAAAGGUGGCGGAAGCUGGCAGUCACGCGAUACUCGGGAACUGUUUUAUAGUUUCCAUCGUGAUGAGGUUCCGGCAGAAUCUGUAAUGCACAAGUGCGUGGUGCAUUUUGUUCCUAUUCACAAGCAACUUCCAAAUCGCAAACAGCAUCCUGGUUUUAUUGUCCAGAAAGUAUACGACACUGUGGAGCGGAAGCUUUGGAAGUUAACUGAUAAGGAUUACGAAGAUAACAAGCAGCAUGAAAUUGAUGUUCUUGUUCAGAAAACUCUAUCACGUUUGGGAGACCUUCCGGAUAUUGAAACUGAAGAUAAUGCUGCUGAACCUGAGGAUAUCUCAAAGGUUAAAAGAACCCUUAGGAAAAAGAAUAUCACUCCUCUCGAUGUUUCAAGAGAGGAAGAAGCCAGGACUGAUAAUUUAAAAGCGGAAACACCAGGAAGUUGUACAGGCAAUGGCUCAGAGUACUAUACAAUCUUAGAGAAGUUUAAUGCACUAACUGGAGAUACCCAUCGUGACAAAUGGUUGGAAAGGCUUCUUCUAUGUAUUCAAUAUAUGUGCAGUUCUCCCGACAGCACACAUGAUGAUGAUAAAGUGAAAGGUGGUUCUGAUGGCAUGGACCAUGAAAAAGAGCAGAAUUCCCAGGGCACUGCAAAUGGAUCUAAAAGUAGCAAAACUUUUUGCUGGCCAGAUGCUGCUGUUGCUGCAGUGAGUGCUCUUGAGAAGGCCUCACAUGAAGCUCUUUCCUUCGAUUUUCAGAAAUAUAACCAGAAGUUGCGUCAGCUGCAGUUCAACCUGAAGCAUAAUGCACUGCUGGCUCGGCGUUUACUCAAUGGAGAGUUGGAACCCACAAAAAUACUAAAUAUGUCACCUAAUGAAUUGAAGGAGGGAUUGACAGCUGAGGAGACGGCAACAAAGGAACCUGAGGAAUCGGCCCGCAUGCAGAUGACAGAUGCUUGUUGCUCAAGAUGCAAUGAGUUCAAAGUUGGGGUAAGGGACAUCAUCCAAGCAGGACAUGGAGAUCGCUAUCAGCUGGAGUGCACUGCCUGUGGUAAUUCUUGGUAUGCUUCCAGGGAUGAAGCAUCCAUGCUGACAAUAGAUGGUCCAAGUUCUGCCAGAAGUGUAGGCACUGCACCCUGGGCAACGGCCAAAUUUGAAGACGUGGAGAAGAAGCUGGUCAGUCCCCGUGAACCUGAGAAGGCAAAUGAGGUCAUCAAGAAGUCUAGUGAGCCAUACAUUCCUGUUAUGGAAACCCAGAAAUCAUUUAGUAAACCUAAGAGUGAAGAGAACGCCGAAACUAUAAAGAAGGCGGAAUGAUACACAUACUGAAAGGAACUUCGCUUUUGUACAGUUAACUUGAUUGCGUUGUUAUACUCUAAUGCGUAGUUAGGGUCAGUUCUUUGCAGUAGUUAGCCAAGUCAAAGUUGUUAUACGCUAUCCGUGAGUAGGACAGUGAUAGUUUCUUACUGAUACAAAGUAGCGAAUGCUAGUAGUCAUCUUUGUAGGUCGAAGGUGCCUGUUGAGUUUGCCCAGUUUAUUUUAUUUUUAGGGCAAAACAUGAAAAUAUAUCCGAUGAUUUAAGUAGGGCUAUGUGGUUUAGGGUUUUAAAAAAUAGAUCCAUUUACAUUUCUCCUCG